AGCGUGUCAGGUCGAAAAGUGGAGCUGCGAACGCGCACGUGUUGAUUGUGCUUGUGAAAGGAAAGCUGUGCUGAGCCGGUUGUGUUGUGCCGUUUUAUAUUGUGGACGUACCAAAACGAUUUAACGAUCUUUUUUUCUUUGCUGUUGUUGCUGUCUGGUGUGAUUGCUUUAGUUUUCGGGUGGAUCGAGAUCGAGCUUUAAGUUUAUUUAACGGCCCAGGUUUUUUUUUCGGGGGGAACCUGCUGCUUUCGCUAAUUUGUGUAACAAAUGCUGUGUGCCACGGGUUGGUGGGAAUUUCGUUUCUCCUUUGCCGGCGCGCAUUUUCUCGCCCAGCUAACCCCCUCACUAUCGGUGAGCCAGGUGAUAGUAGGUGGAGCAUUUUAACCGAUCUGCAAGACUGGCCAGAGACUGUGUACGAAAACACAGCAAGACAUGGAAUGUUAAGCAUGCUGCCCCGUGCACAGCCACUAGAAAUUGUAAGCAGAUAAAACAACAUCACUGCGGUGCAAAAACAAGGGCGAAGAGAACUAAACAGUGUGAUAAACAUACGCAGCGGACAGCCAUAAAGCGAAGCUCCUCACCCUCUUUUCUCCGUCAUUCGAACUGCUUCGAAAUCGAAAAUCGGAACCCACCCACCCCUUACGCUGAUAAGAUAAGGGCGCUUAUCUUAAUGCGAAUCCAAUCUGCAAAGGGGAAAGAGUGCUAGUGUUAGUGGCUGUAUGUAGUAGUAGAGGUAGUACCAGUUGUCAUCGAUUUCAGCGCUGGAAAGUACACGCACCACAUCGGGGCAGUAGCGCGUUUAGUAUCCAGACAGUGGCAGGACGGGUUAGUCGUCUCACGUUAAAGGUACCUUUGCUGUGCUGUGCGCGCUCGCACUUCAACCCGAUAUUGAACAGUCUGGGGGAAGGGUAUUAAGAUAUCUGGUGCCCUUGGAAAGGGGCUAACAGAGGGUGUGUUUGUGUGUGACGUGGACAUUCCUGUGAGACUUCCGCGUGAGAGGGUUAAGACCUUAGUGCAGUGCAGUAAGGUUCAAGUGCUGUGUGGCAUAGGAGAUCGUAAUUUUGAAGUGAUCUUGCAGACUGUCAUAGUUAAAGUGUGGUGCGACCAUGACUCCACCACCGCCGCCACCUCCACCAACACCGGGAGCUACGGUGCCGAUCGCUCCACCAGUUGCACCCAACCUCACCGCAUCCGUACCGGGGCCGCCGAGAGGUACACCCGUCGGUAAUGGUGGCGAUCAUACCGAUCAGCUGAUGGCUGCCAUUCGUAACGGGAUCAAUCUGAAGCCGGCCAAAACAAACGAUCGCAGUACGGCCGCAUUCAUCAAGCAAGCUAACGGUGUACUUGAUGAUAAUGACGAACCUGCGCCAUCCGUUCCGUACGACAAAUCUACCUCCAUAGACGAGAUGAAGGAUGCGCUUCAGGCCGAGCUACGCAACACACUCAAGCGUAAGAUCAAAAAGCAAGAUCUCGAGGAAGGCGACUGUCGGAAGAAUGAGGAAAUUGAACGAUCGAUCGAACUAACGCGCAAUGAGGUACAGCUGAAACUGAACGGUCCAUCUCCAACGCCCGAUAUGCCCAAGGUUGACAAUCCAUUGAAAACGAUCGUUGAUCUCGUCGACAAGGAGCGUGGCAUUGCUCCGGUGAAGCAACCGAGCCCAGUACUGGGUGUACAGAAGAAAGCUGUCUCAGUACCAUCUACACCGACAGUGCAGCCAGUUGUCAACGGAACUUCCACACUGCGGAAAGUGUCGGCAACGCAACUCCCGAAUCACAAUGGAACAACGACUGUUAUUCAAAUUCAAAAUGCACCGUCACGGAACGUUGCUACAGCGGCAGUUUCCACGCCAGUCACAAAACCAGCGAUCACGUCGAUGAAUGGUAACUCCGUUAAACCAGUCAAUGGUGAGGUAAAAGAGCAACAAAGUCCAACACCAGUUCCGGUCGGUAAAGUGAUCUCAAACGGGUCUUCUACUGCGGCUAGUCCACAAGGUUCUCUCUUAUCAGCCAGCGUAACGUCUAAAGCUGGUGCUAGUCAAACGGAUUCGCCGAUAAAGGUAACUCCUGGACGUAUUAAUGUGGCCCCGUCUAGUCCUGCAAAGCUGGCAAAUGGAAGUAUUCCGACGGGUAGUUCUGUGUCGAACGGAAUUGCAUUCAAAAUUAACAGCUUCCAACCGAAAUCACCUCCAACAAGCUCUACAAAUCAAGAUCCAGCUAAGAUAACGAACGGAAAUUCCUACUCAAACACACUUCCAAGGGCAAAUGGAGUAUCGAGUUCGAAGGCCACUCCCAAAACAUCGAUUGGAGCAAUUCCGACUACGUACACUAGCACCGUAAAAGUGUCCAUCGGAAGUUUUGGAGAUAGUUUGCGUGGAGCCAGCGGUAAUCCAAAUGCGGGACUACGAUACGGCAAUCCUACCAAGUCCUACGAACCACUUACCAUCGAUACGACAUCAAACGGGGGAGCAAGCACCGCCAAUUCGUCGCCAACCACUCCGAAAGAACUGCUGUCGCCACAGGUACGAAGUGGUGCCGCUUCGAUACGGCCGUCACAGAUUCGAACCCUUACCAAGGCGGGCAGUGUCGUCAGUCACACGGACAUCCUGGAGACGGCCAAACCGGUCAACAAGCUGCCUGUAACCUUGGUCGAACCGGCCCCCGUACUGACUGCUGCUGCUGCCGUAUCACCCCCACCGAAGGUGCCAAGCGCCAACAACACGGCGCCUCUUCCUUCACCAUCACCCGCCAAAGUGGAGCGUACUCCGUUGUUUGAGAAGGCUAACAAAGAGCCACCGAAAAGUUCAUUGAAUCGGUGGGCUGACAGUAGUAGUAGUAGUGGCAAUAGUUCAGUUUCCGGCGGUACAGCACGCAAACUGUUGCUCACACACGGACGACCCAACUUUACGAUCAAACGAUCCAACUCACGGCAAGGGUUCGAUGUGGAUGUGGCAGACUCGAAAACCGAUUCCGCCAAGCCGGUCUUUCGCAUUCUGACAGACUUGGAGAAGAUGGAACAGCAGGCAGAUGAGGGUAACCAAACCGUAGUGACCGGUCCAUCGCAACAAGCGUACGUUUCCUUUGCGAAGGAUCUUGCGAACGCACCAAACAACCAUCCGGAUGUAGUAGUGGUAACGAAAACCAGCUCGAGUACGGCCCCGACCGAUCCGUUCCUAGCGAACCUGAAGGACAUUAAGAUUGACAUUAGCGAGAUGAAGAUAGUGAAUGCGAAAAAUUCGUAGAUUAUUGAAGAGAUUUUUAGAGACAAUUGACAACCCUGGGACUUGUAGGUUAGACAUAGGACGGAAAAAGAGGAAUUUUCCAAUAGUGUUGUUAAGGUAAACUGUACACAAUGUUUCGUCUAAUGUUAUUACAUAUAAAAUAAAUAAAUAUUCCAAAUCGUAAGCGUA